AUGACGAGGGCGUUUUUCUGGGCAGCAGAGGCGGCAGCUAACUAUCGCUUGACCGGCUGGGUGUUCGCUCAGGGAGCGAGUGCUGCUUCGUGCAGUUUUCGACCGUGGAGCUCGCUCGCUUCCAAUCGAACGGAAGCUGGUCUACGGAACGUUGCCGAGCGCCGUCGAGCCGCCUGGUAUGCCCCGCGGGUGCCUAGCCACGCUGCCUGGUGGAUAGUUUGCAGCCGACGACUUCACUUCCAAGCGGGUGUCGCAAUGAUCCCGCAUCCGAACAAGCGCCAACGUGGUGGCGAGGACGCGUUCUUCCUCACAAAACGAGCAGCCGGUGUUUUCGACGGUGUCGGUGGCUGGUCGGCGCUAGGCGUCGAUCCGGGCCUCUAUUCAAGGCGGCUUGCCGAGCUCGUGCGUGCAGGCACAGAAAGUAUGGACGCUUCUGGUAGCCUGGUUAGUGUCCUGGAUCAAGCGGCCGCGUCCAAUGAUGUGGUCGGUAGUUGCACUGCGUGCCUCGUGGCGCUCAGUACUCCGUUGGAGAGCGCGGAGGUCGUGUCGCGACGUGGUACGCUCACGUGUGUGAACUUGGGGGAUUCUGGGCUCCUGGUCAUGCGCAAGGGCGAUGUUAUCUUUCGUUCGAAAGAACAACAGCACUACUUCAACUGCCCGUAUCAGCUCGGAUCUCAGAGCAAAGAUACCGCGUACGAUGCGUUCGUGGACCGUUUCGAAGUGCAGGCGGGCGACUGGUUCGUUCUGGGCACAGACGGCCUUUUCGACAAUGUGUACGAUAAAGAAAUUGUUGAUUGCAUUCAGGACUGGUACCGGGAGCGUACUGAGAAGAAAGCGGCGGCAACAGACGUGCCGCCGGCGGAGCGAUCCCGAGCGAAUGCUGUGAUCAAAUCCACGCUGAAAAGCGAGCCGGAUGGCCACGCACGUCGGGAAAUGCACAUCGCCACUGAGCCAAACACUUGUGCACCCGCACCAGCGAUGAUUGUGGACGGCGCGCCUGUGCUGCAAGACCUGGCAACGCGCUUGGCACAGAUGGCGGUGACGCUCGCAGCAGACGAAAACCGAAUGUCGCCAUUUGCAGUGAACGCUCGUAGUGCUGGCUUCUGGUAUUAUGGCGGCAAAGCGGAUGAUGUGACUGUUGUCGUAGGGCGAAUCGUUCGAUCGACAAGCUGA